CGGCGCGCAGAGCUGAGGGGAGCGGAGCUGCGGGGAUGAGCGCCGCGGCGGCCACCAGCGUCUUCGUCCUGUCCCUCACCGCCGUCCCUGUCACCUACCUCUUCAACUGCCUGGCCGCCACCAGCAGUUCCUGGGUGAUUGUGGCAGUUGGAUCACUGGUUCUGAUCUUUGUAGCUGUAGUGGCUCGUAUUCUGGUCAAAAGAAAACCACCCAAAGACCCACUGUUUUAUGUUUAUGCCGUAUUUUCCUUUACCAGUGUAGUGAACCUUAUAAUAGGACUUGAACAGGAUGGAAUUAUUGAUGGAUUCAUGACCUAUUACUUAAAAGAGGGUGAGCCAUAUCUGAACACAGCCUAUGGCCAUGUGAUCUGCUAUUGGGAUGGCUCUGCUCAUUACCUGAUGUAUCUCUUAAUGGUGGCAGCUAUUGCAUGGGAAGAGAGUUACAGAACCAUUGGCCUGUACUGGUUGGGAUCCAUUGUCAUGAGUAUUAUUGUCUUUAUGCCUGGAAAUAUUGUGGGGAAAUAUGGAACAAGGGUGUGUCCUGUUUUUUUCUUAAACAUACCAUAUAUUUGUCUUCCUAUAUGGGCUGGGUUCAGAAUCUACAGUCAACCUUCAGUGACUCACAACACUCCAGUAAAGGUGGUUCAGGAAGUCCAGAAGAAAGGACUACUAAAAAGACCAAUAGACCUAAUGUUGGCUAUAUACCUCAUCCUAGCAACUUGGUUUUGCAUAUUUAGGGGCAUGAUUGCUUUGGAUUGUCCUGCUGAACUCUGCCGGUCAUAUAUUCAGCUUCAUGAGCCCUAUAUAAAAGAUCCUGCUGCCUAUCCCAAACUUCAGAUGCUGGCAUACAUGUUCUACUCUGUGCCAUACUACGUGAUCACACUGUAUGGCCUAGUGGUGCCUGGUUGUUCCUGGAUGCCCGAUGUCACCCUUAUACAUGCUGGAGGAUUAGCCCAGGCUCAAUUUUCCCAUAUUGGUGCUUCUCUUCAUGCUCGAACUCCUUACGUCUACCGAGUCCCCGAAGAAGCAAAACUGUUUUUUCUAGCACUGAACAUAAUGUAUGGAAUUCUUCCCCAACUGUUGGCUUACAGGUGUGUCAACAAACCAGAGUUUUUCAUGAAAACAAAACGAGAAGAAAAAACUGAAUAGAAAAACUGCUUCCAAUUUUCCUUUUUGGCUCUGUACAUAUUUAGUUUUGGAUGCAACUGGACUACUCCUAUGGCAGCCAAAUUAAAUGUAGUUUGUCAAGAAAUGUAUGCAACUGCAUAGUCUGCUUCAUUUAUCCUUAAAGAAAAAAAGGGCAAUAAAGACAACUGCCUUCAAUAACACUUCUCAACCUUUUGAUUUUUCACUGCAACUGAGUUAAUGGUUUCUAAAGCUAUUCUUGAGAGAGGUGCUUUGGCAAUUUUAUUGAUGCUGCGUGGAGUUAAAGAAGAAUUACCUCAGUGUUCCACACAGACUGAAUUAUUUCAGUGUUAACAACUUGUACAAAGUGAUCGGAAACGUUUUUGGGGUUAAUAUAUGGACGUGCCAACAAUUAACAUACAGAACUCUGUCACAUGCACAUGUUUUAUUAGUCAAAAGGAAUUUCUUGUGGGUCAGCCAUGUUAAAAAUCUCAAGAAAUCUUUUAAGAUGCUAUUGACUUUUAAUAUACAACUCUCUACAUGAAAGAAGCAAAUCAAAUCAGUUCAAUCAGUGCUGUCUAAGGGCUCUAUUCUGCGAGUACUUCUCAGAUGCUUGAAGCUGGGCAUGUGCUUACAUGUGUUGCUCAGUUGGGGCCAGUGCUCAGAACAAUGAGAAAUUGGGCUUUUAAACACAACCAAGCAUUUUCAGAGGAGGCUUUCUGUUGCACUUCUCUUUGCAGCCACUUUGCUAGUGAGGUUUUGCCAUAAACAAGCCACAGCUAAUAUAGACCUUAGUGAAAGGUUUGGGGGCUUUACAUUUUCACUGUAAUCAGAACUAUAGCUAUUACAUUUCAUGAGUUUAUGCUAAAAAUAGUACAUUUUUGUGCCUCUUCUGUGGAUAAAAAUAAUUGAUAAAUUUAACUGGGAACAUUUUAGUCUUGGGUGCUGAAUUGCUGGAAGGUUUGAUUUACAGCAUUUUCAUUUCUUUCCAGUCUGAGCAUUAAUGAAAAAAGCAUCAGUUCAUGCACAUGCAUGUUUCACACUAUGCACAGGAACUUUCAAAACAGGGAAAAAUUCAUACCUUUGACAUUCGCCAGUUAAACCCUGCAGGGUUGUUCACAGCAGUGCUCAGAAGAAAGAAUGUAUGCUGUCCCCCUCCAGCCAAAAUGGCAAGGGACAGCACAUAUCAGUCAAUACUUUUUUGGCAAAAAGGAGCUUAUAAAAUGAUCUCCUCCAGAACCCAGGUGUUUUGGGUGUGGAAUCCUCCCAUCUAUAUUACAAUUCAGGUCAGCUCCAUCCCACUAUGUCCUCCCCAAGGAUCUAUGGUAGCACAUGCUGUCUUACAAGUAGGUAUCAUGCCCUCAGCAUUAGCUCUAAUGCUCUCAAAGAAACUUGGAAUACAGUCAAGGUGAAUUUAAUAACCUCCUGUUAUCCAAAAAAAGGCAAUGUACAGAAAAAAAUAAAGAUCUCACCUGCACUUGUAUCUAUUUUCAACUCAGUGUUAACAGAAUGUUUUGCUUUAAUACUUGAGUUACAUUAAUACCUCACAUUAUUACACGUAUGAAGCCAAAUAUGACGCUAACUUAGUUGCUUACAACCUCAAACCUUACUCCCAAUACACAUUCCAAUAAAUUUAUUCUGUAAAAACAAUACAUUUUUUUGUUUUGUUUUUGUUUUGUUUUUUUUUUUUUACAGUAAACUCGUCAACUACAAACCUUGAAUACGCAAAAGAUGUUCCAAGGACAAGCAUAACAAGGAUUGAUAAAACCAGACUAAAUAUGUUUUCACAAUAAAAGCUGGCAUAAAAAUAAAUAAAAUUCUCUAUUAUCACAAUAGCAACAAUAAUGUACACAGAAUAAUGGUUUUGGAAUGCUUACUUACUAGUCUAGUUCUAUUUCCAAAA